AUGCAGCAGCAUCAACCCAACCUAUUCCCGGUCCCCGAUGUUGGACGCGUGCCAUCAGCAAGAUCACGCUUUCCUGCUCGACCCUCAUCCUCACCAUCAGCUCCAAAUUUCAUCAUUGUGGGCCUCUUUGCGCUACGUCUAGCAAAGCGACUACUUGAAGGUCUUGAGUACUACCCAGGCCGUGAUGCAGACAUCAUUUGGCUUGUCAACUUCUUAGCGCCCUUCAGUGAUGACUACCCACUAGCAAAGAUAUCAGGCCGUCAGAAAGACGAUUACCUCCAGAUGUAUCCAGCAUUGGUAUCUCGGAUGAAGAAGCAACCCCGAUAUCCCAUCAGGUUCAUGCAGAUGAAUCCAGACCAGUCCAUGUACCAGUCCCGACAGUGCGGCGUUGCAGAGCAGCCAAAGAAGAUGACGGAUGUCAAGAGACUAGAGACCAUCGACUUUUGCGAUGCUGCCAACGAAUGGGGCUCUAGCGUUCCUAUACCAGCGUGCGAGGCGGAAAGAAUGAUCGAGCUAGCUAACCAACGGCGUAUAGCGGAUCUUGACCGUUCACAAAGGCGUGAAGAGGGGCAACAUACAAGUGCGAGACGUCCACAUUUCGAGUCUACGACCUUUUCACCUGAUGAACGCACACGAUAUAUGAACGACAGAGCGAAGACGAUAACUGCACAACCAGACAUCGAAGCUCAUUUGUCUACAGGCGAUUGA